ACCAAGCAUUGCGAUUCCCAUCAGCAUCUCUAACCAAUUAAAGCUUUAGCUUGCAGAAUCAUCACGCACUAUAAAUCUACCAACAAAUUCUCUUCGUUUUGGUCAUCAUAAAGCCAAGUUUUUGGGGUCAUCUUUCUUCAGUAUACAACUCCUUCACGAAAUGCAUGCACUCCCAUAUGAUAUCAUUCGCUUCUUUUAUUGACUUGCUUCUCAUUUUUUCAAGUUAGAGAUCCCGGUCACCAAAAUCCCACUAGUGUCUUGCAAUCACCAUUCUUUCCAUGGCAUCGAAACUAGAAGAAAACACAGCAGACAAACUUCAUCUUGAGCCUUGUUCACCUUCAAGUCCCAAAGAAAGAUGGUCUGGGAACAUGGUAUCUUUGAUCCUUUCGGAGUUAAAAGUGCAACGAGGUAUAACAGUUCCAAUGUUGGCAAUGAAUUUUACAUGGUUUGCAAGGAUUGCCGUCACAACUGCAUUUCUUGGACGGCUUGGUGAGCUUUCCUUGGCUGGUGGUACACUUGGUGCCACCUUUUCUAAUGUGACCGGUUUCGCAGUCUUAAACGGGCUCUGUUGUGCCAUGGAACCCAUAUGUGGUCAGGCCUUUGGAGCUAAGAACUUUAAGCUUCUUCACAAGACCCUUGUCAUGGCAAUCAUUGUACUGUUGGUGGCAAGCGUACCCAUUUCUAUCUUGUGGCUUUACGUUGACAAGAUCCUCAUUCAGUUUGGCCAGCAAGAAGAAAUUUCGGUUGCCGUGAGGAAAUACCUACUGUAUCUCCUUCCUGAUUUAGUUGUCUAUUCAUUCUUGAGCCCUUUGAAAUCCUACCUAAGCACACAAAGUCUAGCUGUUCCUAUAAUGUUGAGCUCAGCUUUUGGAUUAGGCUUUCAUGUGCCCAUCACCAUGUUACUCUCAAGAGCUAGGGGCUUCGAAGGAGUGUCCAUGGCAGUUUGGAUGAGUGAUCUUGUAGUAGUCGUUCUACUCGCCUUCUAUGUUUUGAUAGCAGAACAUGGAAAGCGAGGGAACUGGAAUGGAGGAGGCUGGUGGGAGCAAGGAAUUCAUGACUGGAAGAGGUUGCUAAAACUUUGUGGUCCUUGUUGCAUCACCACUUGCCUUGAAUGGUGGUGCUACGAGAUCUUAAUGCUGCUAACCGGAAGGCUUCCAAAUGCCAAACAAGCAAUUGGAAUCCUAGCAAUUGUAAUGAAUUUUGACUACUUACUUUAUUCAGUGAUGAUUUCACUAUCGACCUCUGCAUCUGUUCGCAUCUCAAAUGAGCUUGGAGCAAACCAGGUUGGCCCUGCUUAUCGAUCAGCAUACAUAUCUGUAGGCAUUAGUGUAAUCUCAGGCAUUAUUGGAGCGUCUGUAAUGGUAUCAGCAAGAGACAGCUGGGGCGGUUUAUUUAGCCACGAAAAAGGAAUCACGAGCAAUGUGAAAAAGAUGCUGUUGAUAAUGGCUGUAACAGAAGUUUUUAACUUUCCAUUGGUAGUUUGUGGAGGAAUAGUACGAGGAACGGCUAGACCAAAAUUGGCCAUGUAUGCCAAUAUCACGGGUUUCUAUUUGUUUGCCUUACCCGUUGGAGCUGUUUUGGCUUUCAAGAUCCAUCUUGGCCUUCCUGGGAUAUUGAUAGGCUUCUUAAGUGGAUGCAUUGUUUGCUUGGUUCUGUUGGUGGUUUUUAUAGCACGGAUCGACUGGAAGGAUGAAGCAAGGAAGGCAAGAUCGCUGACUUCAUCCCCUGUGGAGGAGGAGAUCAAGGAUCACGAAGACCACAAGAAUUCUGGAGUAAAUAAUGUUGCAUUAUGACAAAGCACAAACAGGAUUCCAGGAACAAUUUCUCUUAAUGCCUAACCAUUCUGCUGCACAAAGCUUGCCCAAAGAAAAUGGUUACUCUGAUCACUCUAUCGAUUUA